UUUCAGUUUUACUCUGCAGACUUUAACUCUGUCAACAUGUUGCCACCUGUGUUGCUGCUGCUGCUGUUAAUCAGCGGAGCUCAAGCUUCUUUUUAUGGUGUUGUCUUCAACUACGCUUUUGGAAACCUUCAGCCAAGUGGAUACGCAGUACCAUAUGACUUUAAGUUGAGCUACAACUCCUGUGAAGAGUUCAACACUCAGACUUGUAAUGGAUACUGUAAUGUACCAACUUAUUCAAUCGAUGAAAUCGGAGGUGAAUGGUGUCAGAAAGGAUAUACUGGCACUUUCUAUUAUCCAUACCUGGAUACGUUAGAUCAAUCGGUCAGUACUUCAGCCUGGACAGAAAACAGAAAUGGGAUUGUAUCAUCGAAAGCAGUUUUGCAGUUUGACUUGAGAAACCGGUCUGACAUCAACGAACCCAACUCAUCGCCCCGGACCACCAUCCUCCCUCUAGUCAGAGUUCCUUCAAACUGUCAGAGAAACAUCAACCUGCUGGUCUCUGAUCCAGAUGGAGACGACAUUAGAUGCAGAUAUGCAGCUGGAUCGGAGUGUGACAUCUGCACUCCUCCGUCUCUCCUCAGCCUCUCAUCUUCUUGUUCUCUGUCAUUCAGUCCCACUAACAGCAGCGAUGAAGGUCCAUAUGCGGUUCAGAUGGUGAUGGAGGAUUUUCCCAGGCAGAACGUCACUCUGACUAAUAGCUUUGGUUUACAAGUGAUGAAAACUGCCAGCGACUCCAUCAGCACCAUGCCUGUCCAGUUUGUUUUUAAAGUGGAUCCUGCAGCUCCAUCCUGCACAGAAGGUGAAUAUCUGCCCAGGUUUCUGCCUCCAACUCCACAGAACGGAGAUCAGAUCAACACCAACGUUAACCAGACUGUGGAAAUCAUCGUCAGAGCAGAAGCAACCCAGGCUGACACCAUGGAGCUCCUGUUCUCCGGGCCGUUCGGAUUAACCAAGAGUUCAUCAGGAUCAGGAAACUUCACCCUGACAUGGACACCAUCGCCCAGUGAAGCAGGACUGAAUCAUCAUCUCUGCUUCGUUGUCCAAGCAAAUUCCUCCGGCUCUGUUUACCAGUCUGACCUUCGAUGCGUCAUUGUGACGGCUGGGAACAGUCCAGUCACAGCUUCCCCUCCAACUACAACUACACCUCCAACUACAACUACACCUCCACAACCCACAACUACACCUCCACAACCCUCAACUACACCUCCACAACCCACAACUACACCUCCACAACCCUCAACUACACCUCCACAACCCUCAACUGCACCUCCACAACCCUCAACAACUGGACCUCCUUCAUCCUCCAACCCAAACUCAACACCAGCCUCAGAAUCAUAUUAUGUUUUGGCUCUGAGUGCAAAGCUUUCCACUUCACUGUUACUGAAGAAUGAAUCUGCAAUCAUCCUCAACCUGAUCAAAGAGGAGAUGCAAAGGCAAGGACUGCCAGCAGGAAUAAUAGUGGAGCUGCUAGGCAUUGGUGGAGUGCAAAUCGCCCCCUAGUGGAUACAAAUAAGAAUGAAUCUGAUCUUGGCUGGGAAUGUGAAAUAAAAUGUUUUCUUUAAUCUUUGAUUCAUAGAGUUAUACUUAUUUUAAUAAAUCAUAAGGAGUUGGAAUAUUCACAGUUCUUCAUUAAUUAAGGCAAACUGAGUAAAAUUAGAUUUUCAUACUCUCAGUUGGCCUCAUAAGAGCAUAAAGUAUUUUAAGAGACAGUUUCUAAAUAAACUCUUGGUUGUUAGUUUACAUAAUAAUUUGAUAACUGAGCUCUGUAACAUAGGUGUCUCCAUAUAAUCCCAGACUCACUUCAAGAUGUUAAAUUCAAAGUUUUCAGUUAUAUCAACGACUCCUUGUUCUUCUUUACGCUGGCUAUGAUUCUUGAUACUGUUGGCUGCAGGUUUUCGCUUUUUGUUUGGGUUUAGAGUAAACUGCUGAAGCAGUCAAAGGCUGUCGUAAUGUGGAAGCUAAAAAGGUGAAAGGGGAAAAGUCAUAGUUAUAAAUGAACUUGGCAAAGUCAAGCUAUAUAAAUAAACAUUAUAAUAAAGAUGCUGAAGAGUUUUGUGCUACUUAUUAGAUCUAUUCCUUUUUGCAUGGCUGUGUCUUAAUAAUUUACUGAAACCACUGCUAUGAUCACCAACCACAACCUUCGGCUGCACAGCCACAGAGUCAAAUAGGAUAGAAACAGAAUCUGUGCAAGCACUGGUGUUUUCUCUGGUUUUUUUACUUUGCUUGAGCAAUAAAAAAUUGUAACCAAAACA